AUGCCGUCGGUUACCCCUCUUCCCUCUACCUUCAAAUGGGGGUUCGCAACAGCUGCCUACCAGAUCGAAGGUGCUGUUCACGAAGAUGGACGUGGGCAGUCCAUCUGGGACACAUUCUGCCAUCUGGAGCCUUCGCGGACCAAGGGUGCCAAUGGUGAUGUGGCGUGUGAUCACUACCAUCGGUACGAGGAGGACUUCGACCUGCUCACCAGAUACGGUGCAAAAGAAUACAGGUUCUCCAUCGCCUGGUCGCGAAUCAUCCCGCGGGGCGGACGGGACGACCCUGUCAAUGAGGCUGGCAUCGCGUUUUACAAUAGGCUCAUUGACUCUCUGCUGGAAAGAGGCAUUACUCCGUGGGUCACACUGUAUCACUGGGAUCUGCCACAGGAGCUGCAUGAUCGGUACGGUGGAUGGCUGGACGUCGAGGAAUCCCAGAAGGACUUUGAGAGAUACGCCCGGGUCUGCUAUGAGCGAUUCGGUGACCGAGUCAAGCAUUGGAUCACGCUCAACGAACCCUGGAUUGUGUCCAUCUUUGGAUAUGCAACAGGUGGCAAUGCCCCUGGCAGAAGCAGUACCAAUCCUCAGUCGACCGAGGGCAACACGGCCACUGAGCCUUGGAUUGUGGGCAAAGCCCUCAUCAUGAGCCACGCGCGUGCAGCUGCCUUGUAUAACAGGGAGUUUCGUCAAUCCCAGCAGGGCCAGAUCGGCAUCUCGCUGAACGGCGACUACUAUGAGCCCUGGGAUGCUCAAGACGAGCGGGAUCGAGCCGCCGCAGAGCGCCGCAUGCAGUUCCACAUUGGCUGGUUUGCUGAUCCAAUUUUCUUGGCUCAGGACUACCCUGCCUGCAUGCGCGAACAGCUUGGAGAUCGCCUGCCUGGUUUCUCCCCCUCAGACUUUGCAAUGCUUCGCGAGGCAGAGCUCGAUUUCUAUGGCAUGAACUACUAUACAUCCCAAUACGCUCGCCACCGUGACGAGCCGGCUCCAGAGACAGACUACAUCGGUAAUGUGGACGAGUGCCAAGAAAAUAAUCAAGGACUGCCCGUAGGCGAACCGAGCGGAGUCCACUGGCUUCGCUCGUGCCCGGACAAGUUCCGCAAGCACCUUACAAGAGUAUAUCGCCUAUAUGGAAAGCCAAUCUAUAUCACCGAGAAUGGCUGUCCGUGCCCUGGAGAAGACCGCAUGACUUGCGAGGAGGCAGUCAAGGAUACAUACCGACUUCGCUAUUUUGAGGAGCAUCUGGAAGCGGUGGGCGUGUCCAACGCGGAAGACAAAGCUGAUAUUCGGGGCUAUUUUGCAUGGUCAUUGCUGGAUAAUCUGGAAUGGUCCGACGGCUACGGGGUGCGAUUCGGCGUGACAUUCACAAACUAUGAGACGCUUGAGAGAACGCCAAAGCAAUCUGCGCUGUCUCUGAAGCGCAUCUUUGAAGAACGAAUCGGUGCUGAUCCGUCGCGAGCAUAG